AUGGCGGUCCCAGCACAAUUACUUGCGGCCAUUCAUGCCGACUUGGGCAGAAGUCGCCAAGAAGAGCUCCCUCUAAGCAACGAGGAAAAACGAAGACCGUCGUUUCAGCCGCCGCCAGAGGAUCUUUCUAAAACAUAUGAUCCAAAGAUUAAACAGGCUCUUGAAAGCAGUUGGUCAACUGCUAUUGUCGAUGCUGAGUCGGAGCAAAUGGCAGGCUUGACCAACCUGAAUGCUCGGCCUUGGGCCUCAUCAGGACAGAUACAAGCUUCGCAAUUCACCAUUCCGGAAAGCAGACAGACAGCUGCCCCGAGACAACCCGCGCUGCCGGCUCCAGCAGCUUCGCCUUCGACUUCUGUCACCCCAGGAACCCCGACCCGAGAUCCUUGGCGAUGGGGUGGCAAGUGUGAGGUGUCGUGGAACGACACGGUCGUUACGAACGCAGAAUUCUGCGUCGAAGCCCGUGAUAGCAAGAACGGAGGACUCUUGAUACUGCGAGCCGCGGGCCAGGCCGAAUUGAGAUUGAGUGUCCUGGAUUUCGAGGUGCCGGUCAUUUACGGCACAUCCUGCAUCAUCAAAAUGAGGUCCAUGGCAGGGGCGGCAGUCCAACUCCGAGUCUAUGCCGUAAAGCCAGCACCACCAACGACGGCAGAGAAGCUCGUCCAAAUUUUGGACAGGCUCCAGGCUGCUGUCUGCAAAGCGUCGGGGAUAGAACGGCCCAAGCCACCGACUACACCAUCAACCCCUCGAGUCGACAAGGUUACGACAGCGCCCAAAUCACUCAUAUGCGCCGACUCACCAGAGUCUUCGCCCGAGCCAUCGCCGCGUCUCAGACAGAUCCAGCUCAUCGAAGUAUCGGCGCCCAAAAAAACCAGCACGGCGCCUAUAAGUCUCGAUGAAAUUUUCGACAGCAUCAACAAAUUUGCGCAGAAUGCGUACAACCAGAACACCGGCUAUGCCGUCCCCAUAUUGCCGGCUGCUUCGGCCACGGAGCAGCAGCCCAGCGACGUGGCGAUGACCGAGUGGCUGAACAAGGGCUGCCUGGACUCGGAGGUGGACAAGACGAAGCGUGUCUUGUUGGAAAUUAUGCGCUUCAUGCAGCAGCUGCAGCUCAAGGAGUCUGCCACGCCGAAGCCCCUAACGAUGUCCAGCCAAACCAUAGAGGUCUUCAGAGCGAUUGACUGCGAGGUUAAAAGCCAGGGCCGCGGCAUUUGCUAUAGCGCUCCUGAGAUUCUGGAGCUCAAAAAGGCGGCGGUAGAGCCUGCGGCGAUGACGGCCAAGAAGGGGCUGUCGGGCUCCCUCUGGGCCAAGAAGUGA